AUGGGCAAUGGACUGCUCAAAGCCCCGUGUCUGAAAUGCAGCCGGCAUCGCAAGUCGAAGAGAUCUCGGGUAUUGGUCAUGGAGUACGAGGCAACAACGAUGCCAGUUGGUGGGGAAAAGACGACUUCAUCUUGUGGCAUGCAAGGCAUGUGGCUUGGAUCCAAAGGAGAAGCCGUUUCCUGGCACCCUACCGACAAGGCGCAACCUACUGCCAGCAAGCGCUUCCCCGUCCUCAGGUGGCAUGGCAUCUAUCUGGGACAGGCCUCCUUGUCCAAGGAAGCUGAGAUUCUGUUUUAA